AAGGUGUUCAAAAAUGUUCAUUCAAUUUCAUCUUUGAAUGUAGACACAAACCAGAAUAGUAGGCUUUUCGACUUGCCAAACCGUCAGUUGCAUUCGGACAAUGUUGAUCAAAAUUCCUAGUGUUAGUUUUUAAUAAACAUAUGAUUAAAAUAGAUAAAAAUGACUCAACAACGCGAAGGCUCACUACUUUCCGGUAUUCAAGCCGUGCGGCUUUUCUGGUCAGUUCAUCGCCAGCGAAGCCGAGCUAGUCGGUUGACACAACUCAGCCGCAGUCAAACUCCAUCUUCGGAGAGGAGCACCUCCCAAGACCCAAGUCAGGAUGAAUCUGCUGACUACGACGAUCAUACAUUCUGCCGCAUUUGCCGUCUGAGUGACGAUCAACUGCUGGAGAACGUAUGCGAGUGCAAGGGAACGAUGGGACAUAUCCACGAACGGUGCCUUCGGAUGUGGACCAUCUACAAGCGCAGCCAGAUGUGUGAAAUCUGCCACUCCAAGUUUAAAUGGAACUUCGAGCAAAAGCUGAACAAUCGACAGCUUGUGUUGUACUUCUUCCGGAGGAAAUACUUUUGGGUGCUGUUGAGAGAUUUCCUGAAUUUCAUGGUACUGUUCGGGAUAUCGGUGUUGCAGAAUGCAAUGAUCUUGACGAUGGUUCAAGAUGAUCAACAGGAGGGAUUCAACAUAAGAUUGCCACUGGCUAUUGUUGGCGCAUCAUUCUAUGACUUGUACUUUAGCCGAUGGGUUAUGAACAGAUCGUUGAAAGCAUACGAUCUUGUUCGGGAGUACUGGAUUCUAGCGCAUGACGAAGAAUUCGUGGGAUAUUUUGAUGAAGAAUAUGCUGUUUUCGGGGAGAACCAAGCCGAAAUCGAAAGUAUGCUGUUGGCGGAGUAUGAAGCUCCAGAUUGA